AUGAAGGAAGCAUUUCAUGACCCUGAUAAAUAUCUAGUACAAUGGCCAAACACGGCCCUUGCAGAAAUCUCGUGCGAAAAUGUGAUUUAUGUUGGCGAAGUUACUGGACCAUCGGAAAAAAACAACGUUUAUAAAAAUUGUCUUGAUCUAAUCAGGAUAGGCAUAUUCAUGAAAGAUUGUAUUGACUCGGCAAUUUUACAAGGAGCUGAGAUAAAAAUAUUAGGAUUUCAAUGUAUUGCAUACAAAUUGGAUUUCUAUGUGCUUGAUUUAAAUGGCGAAGGAUUAUAUACAAUGAAUCAUAUUACUCAAAUUUCUAUACCCGAAACAGUAAAGGGCUUAUUUACUUUUAUAGACGAAUUACAUAUUCUAUUAAAUAUACGAGAUAUUUUAAUGAAGUCUUAUGAUGUCUUCAUUGAUAAACUCCAAAAUCCAGGCUUAGUUCCGUUAGAGUUGAAAUCAUCAUUCAAAGGAAAACGUUGGAUACACCUGAAUUUAAAAGGCUUGUCAGUAAAACUCACUGUGUGA